GGAAGAAGGAAUCAAGUAAUAAGGGUUGACAAUGAUAUAAGAAAGAUGAAGAAUGUAAAAUAACUUUGUGUUUGUGUAAAAUUGCGUAUUUCUAUAUAUAGAAAGAGAGAGAAAGAUGCGAAGAAGGAGAUGCCACUUGGGUCCUUAACUUCCACUAUAUUUCCCCAUUCAAUUGCUAAAAUGUUGAAAGAUGUAUGGCAUCUAAUCACCAAAACCCGAAUCAAUUAAGGGGAAAAUAGUGUAGGAAAAGAGUGAAAGAAAGAAAAAAGACAUAAGAAAGAAAGGGAGAAAGAAGGCAUAAAACAAUCUCCACACAACAAAUCUUCUUUUCCUUUCUUAUUCUCCCAUGCUGCUGACAACAAGAAAGUCAAAAACUUGACCCCUUCUUCAUUCUUGGGUCAAAAUUGCAAAAGGUAAAAAAAGCAUGUAUUCUGUGUGCAUUGCCAUUGAUGAUGAUCAUCUUGUUGAUAACUUAAUUUUCAAAUUUCAGGUUAAUUAAUCAGAAAUCGAUGGGUAGAUUCGGUAAAGCAAUCAAAGCAGUGAAGGAUCAAACCAGUAUCCGGCUAGCCAAACACGGUCACAAAGCGUCAUUAGCCGAUCUCGAUGUCGCAAUUCUCAAGGCCACAUCGCACGACGAAAACCCCCCCGACGAGCAUCUCAUGGUCGAAAUCUUAACCCUAACAACCGAUUCGCCUCUCUACGUCGCAUCAUGCGUCAACACCAUAUCUCGUCGUCUCAGCAAAACCAGAAACUGGAUCGUGGCUUUAAAAACGCUAAUGUUGGUUCAACGACUCCUCCACGACGGUGGUCCGGCGUACGAGCAGGAGGUGUUCUUCGCGACACGGCGGGGGACUCGGCUAUUGAACAUGUCGGAUUUUAGGGAUGCUCUGAAAUCGAGUACGUGGGAUUACGCGGCGUUUGUUCGAGCGUAUGCUUUGUUUUUGGAUGAACAACUGGAGUAUAAGAUGGAAGGGAAGAAAGGAAUACGUGAAUUCUCGCAAGAUCUUGAGCAACAUGAGUUUAUGAUUCAAGGGAGGAAAGGAAAGCAUGGAUCGCGAUCGCAUGAUCUGGAUCAGCAAAUUGAGUUUGAGAUGCAAGGGAGGAUCGGAAGACAUGGUUCGUGUUCGUAUGUGCAAGAGGGAGGAGAGCUUACGUUAUCUGCAGCUGUGACUGUACCUGUUCGUGAAAUGACCAUGGAUCAGCUCUUUGCUCGGGUUAAUCAUUUGAUGCAAUUACUUGACCGCUUUCUCGCUUGCCGCCCUGCAGGUGGAGCAAGGAUUCAAAGGUUGGUGCUUCUAGCUCUAUACCCGGUUCUAAUACAAAGCUUCCAACUUUAUAAAGACAUUGUAGAAAUCAUGGGUGUCUUGAAAGACAAAUUCGAGAUCGAUGAUCUCAAUGUGUCACAUUCCGUGAAGGUCUACGGUAUUUUCCGACGAGUGUCAAAACAAUACGAGGAACUCGACAUGUUUUAUUAUUGGUGCAAAACUGCUAGCAACGCAAAGAAUGCCGAGUAUCCAGAAGUCGACAAGAUUUCACAAAAGGAUUUAGACGCCAUGGAUGAACGUGUGAAAGAGAAAUCAGGAGUGACAAACUAAAUCGUUGUGUUAGACCUAGAAGGGGCAGUUUUGGUAUUUCACACAAGUUAGUUGUUGUAUAUAUAUCGACCGAGUAAUGUAAUAGGUAGACUUAUAUUGAUUUUCAAAUUUUAAUCACCAAAGUUAUCAAGUAAGGCAUGAGUUGGUCUACCUCAAUA